UCAACUGCUCCUCCAUCCACACGGCACGGCAGCCAGGCCAAAGUCGCCUCGCCUCGCCUCGCCUCGCCUUCUCUGCGUCUGCGGGUGAGCCGUGUGCCUUCCCCACGACCUCUCCCGUCGCCUGUACCCGUGCCCGCCACACGCGACGCGACCACCCAGCCUGCCAAGAGCAAGAUCUCCGUCGCCUGCUCUUCUUUCUCUUCGAAUCGGAGGUUGAAUUGCCUGUGGUAUUCGUAUGGAUUCCAUUUUUCAGAGAUCUCUCAGUGAACCCAUGUGCUUGGAAGAGACUGUCGUCCAACAAGGAAUUGAAAGAUGCCCAUUCCUGAGGAACAUCAACGAGCCUACAAAUUUUUCCUUCUCGGCCGUCAACUUUCCUGACCCUGCAACAGGAGCCAAGGGUCCGAUUUUCGAAGACGGACCUAAUUUUGACAUGGCAUUUCGAGUUUUCCACGGUAGAGAUGGGGUCGUCCCACUUUCAGAAGGACCCUUUGCACAAAUUGAGAAGCCAUUGCCAAAGCCCAAUCCUGAAUUUAACCCCUUGGCAGCCAAAGCAGCAACCAUCAGUCUCUCAGCGUUUGGAGGGUUUUUCAGCUUUGGCGAUUUCUCAAAUAAGCGCAAUAAGAAAAACUCCAACAAAAAGAACCCCAACAACUUACCCCAGAAUAAAGGUCAGUCUAACAAUCAUGAAGCACUGAGCAAUGAGUGGCUGGAAAUGGGUCAAUGUCCACUUGCAAAGUCAUAUAGGGCAUUAAGCGGUGUUGUGCCUCUUGUCGCAAAGAUGAUGACACCCCCAGCUGGUAUGAAACUGAGAUGCCCACCUGCUGUGGUCGCUGCCCGUGCAGCACUAUCCCGCACAGCCUUUGCAAAGGGGCUUCGCCCUCAGCCCCUGCCAACAAAAAUACUGGUGAUUGCAUUGCUUGGUAUGGCAGCAAAUGUUCCUCUUGGCAUCUGGAGGGAGCACACAGAGAAGUUUUCGGUGCAGUGGUUUGCUGCAGUUCAUGCUGCGGUGCCUUUCAUAGGGAUGCUCAGGAAGUCUGUGCUGAUGCCGAAGACAGCCAUGGCCCUUACUAUAGCCGCCUCAAUAUUGGGUCAGACAAUUGGGUCAAGAGCUGAACGUAUCAGAUUGAAGAGGGCUGCGGCGGCAAAAUCAGCAGCGGAGGGCCGUGGCGGUACUGCUGCCUGCAUUAAAACGCCGAUGAGUCUCAAAACCGGGAACCACAGUGUCGUUCAGUUCUGGGAUCCGCUUGCCCUCAAAAAAGUUGAAAGCACCGUGGGUGCGGGUUCCCCAGCAGUUCUUGUCCGUACCGUUGGUGCCUUCAAUUGAUGACAGGAUUGGUUUUAUUUUGAUCAUACCAGCUUCAAACAACUGUUUGUUGUAUUCAUUAUUGUACAACCAAAGAAUUAUUGGUUACGCCGAAUCCUUCACUCCGUUUUGGAGGGUAUAUUGCAGUGAAUAAAUUAUAAAACACUUCCACA